AUGGGGCGGCCGCUGUCGGCCAGGGACCGGCAGUUCUCCGACCUGAGCACCUACAAGCCCGACGACGAGGAGAUGAAGAAAGUUUUCAAGAUGAUAGCUAGCCAGCCCCACGGGAUCAGCAAGAAAGACCUCCAGCUGCUCCUGGAGAGGUUCGGGAAGGCCGACGCCGCCGCCGAGGCGCGGCGGAUGAUGUGCGUCGCGGACCACAACAAGGACGGGUACAUGGACCUGGAGGAGUUCAUGGAGGUGCACCGGAACGGCGUGCAGCUCGGGGACAUCCGGCGGGCCUUCUUCGUGUUCGACAUGAACGAGGACGGCAGGAUCAGCGCGGAGGAGGUCAUGACGGUCCUGCGCAAACUCGGGCAAAGCUGCAGCCUGGAUGACUGCCGGAAGAUGGUCAGGGAGAUCGACAGGGACGGCGAUGGCUUCGUGAACAUGGACGAUUUUAUGAUCAUGAUGACUCGCCCGCGGAGGAAGCCGUGA